AAAGCAACUUUCCCCAGCUGGCUUAGGUCAAGAUUUCUUUUCUUGAGACAGCUGGCAUGCCAUAUAUAUAUAUAUAUUUGAGAGAGAAGGAACGUGGGAAUCUGGGAGCAAAAAAGGAACCGGUGGCAGCACAGAAUGACACCCAUUGGGCUGGCCUUGGUUAGUGGUUGGGCCAAGUCCCACCCCAGUCCUGCCCACCGUCCCUGGUUCCCACCCUCCUGCCUGCCUCCUGGAGUUGAAAAGGGCUGCUUGGGAACUCCUGACAGCUCAGAGGCUCACCCACGCAGAGCCACAAAGCACAGGAGAAGCCCUCUCUGAGCUGGAGGACUCCUUUUCUGCCAAGCUGCCAGUCCCAGGAAGAAGGACGAAGGGACAGAACAAGGCAAGACAGCACCUUUGGCUGGACCUGGCAAGCAUCUGGGAAUUCCUGGUCACAGAGGGACAGAAGUCUUUCUUUCCGCUUUGCUUUCCUGGAGUUGGGAAAAGAAGCCCAGAGGUCAGAAGGUCUUUGCUUCUAUAUCCUAUCCCAGCUGGAUGGGCCCCUUCCCAUCCUUCUGCCGGGCACCUGACUUUGCACCCUAAGCUACUAGUCUGCAGUGUUGUUGUUGUCACUGUUUAAUGCCAGGGCUGUCACCACCAACACCACCUUCCUGAGCUGUUCUCCCUCCUGCGUCAGCUGGAAACAGAGGAAAACUCAGCCUUCCAACUUUGCCCUCUCCAAAUUUGCCAAAUCUUCUCCUCCUGGUUGGAGACGGAAACCCCUGAGUCCCACUCCUCCCCCCUCCUUGCCCCCUUGCUCCCAAAGCCCCAGCAGUGGGGGCAGUUUGUGCCAAUGCACCCCCCGCAAGCCCCUCCAAGCCCCACCGUGCCAACCCUCCCAACUCCCUUACCCAAGGACUGCAGCAACCUUACCCAGCUCCAUCAAGAUGGCAACCCAGCAGUGAGCUCCUUCAUGUUUGCAGCCGGGGUGGUGGGCAACGUGGCGGCUUUGGCCAUCCUGGGGGUCCACCGGAAAGAGCUGCGGACCAAGACCUCCUCCUUCUGCAUUCUGGUGACUGGACUGGCUGUCACUGACCUGCUGGGCACCUGUGUGGUAAGUCCCAUUGUUUUUGUGGCUUACUCCCGCAAUGCCACCUUGGUGGGUAUGGUGAAUGGGAAAAGCUGGCUCUGUGACCUCUUUGCUUUCUCCAUGAUGUACUUUAGCCAGGCAGCCAUGUUCAUCCUCUGUGCCAUGGCUGUGGAGCGGUGCCUUGCCAUCAGCUACCCCUACUUCUACUCCCAGCACAACAUCCGAAGGUGGGUGAAGCUCUCGCUGCCGGCCAUCUAUGCCUUCAGUGCUUUUUUCUGCAGCUUGCCCUUCCUGGGGAUUGGGAAAUACAAGCAGUACUGUCCAGGGACAUGGUGUUUUGUCCAGAUGGAUGUAGACAAGAGGACAGGGAAGCCGCACGAUGCUGCCUUCUCGCUCUCCUAUGCCACCCUGAUGGCCAUCCUCAUCUUGGCCAUCUUUCUCUGCAAUGGUUUGGUCAUCAUCAGUCUCUGCCAGAUGUACCGCAAGCAAAAGGCCCGUCGGCGUGGCUCCAUCAACGUGGCCCAGCGCCGUCGCAAGAGCUGGUUCAGCCGCGGUGAGGAAGAAGUGGACCACCUCAUCUUGUUGGCUCUCAUGACGGUCAUCUUUGUGAUUUGCUCUUUGCCCCUCACGAUCCGUGCCUACAUUGGCGGCCUCAACCCAGACCAUAAAGAAGAUGAGGACAUGAUCGCCUUCCGCCUCAGCGCACUCAACCCCAUUGUUGACCCCUGGCUGUUCAUCAUCUUCCGCAACACUGUCUUCCGCAGCCUUAAGAAUUUCUUCUGUGACCACCGGUGGUGGCCUUAUUGGCCCAGGACACCAAAAGUAUCUGCCACGUUUGGCAUGCAGGAUGGCAUCCCAUUCCAAGACCAUUCUGUGUGCUGAAAGCAGACGUUGCCUGAGCUACAAAGCUGGGGCAACCUGGCAACGCAAGGUAUGGUUCCUCCUGCUGUGGAAGGAGGAGAAUUGAGUGAAGAUGAAGAGCAGGAGGAAUGACCCUCCAGCCAUCUCAGGAAGGAUCUGGGAUCUGGUGGAAAGGCAAGGUUCUUGUUGUAGCAGAUGGGAAAGUCAAUGCAUGUUCCUAGACCACAAGAAGCCCACGCCUAUUCUAGCAUCUCCAGCAGGAACUCUUUCCCAUGGGAAUGCUCUGCAUCGUGUCUCAUCCUCAACCCCCCUAAAGAGAAAGGAGAUGGGAGGCCAAGUUCAAAUGGUUCACGAAAUUCAACCACCGAGAAGGGACUGAGAAAAAGGAUGUGAAAGAACAGAGAGACAGACUGAUGGCCGGCUUGAACAUGACCUCAUGGGUUACCCGCAUGUACCCAUAGUCCCUGCAUCAUUUCAUUGCUAGCGUACCAAAGCAGACGCUGGCUAUUGGGGGUGCUUGACCUUGUUAUGCUUUCAGUGUCUGUUAUAGUUAAGCACACAGGAUUUUGACUGGUUGCAAAGAGAAGCUGUGAAUUUCUGAAGUUGUAGAAAUAAAGGAUGAGUUGAUAUCACA